CUUUUUUUGGUACAAUCAAUGCACUCGGUGAUCGGGAGUAGUGACUACUCCACGGUAGUGGUCCGUCUACGGUUGUGGGCCUUCGGAGUGACUGGUAUCUGGAUCAAAGCGUUCGCGUUCCCUACCCCUGCCCAAUAUGAUCCCAAACUCUCAAUCGCAUGGUCCGUGCCUUUGUGAGUAAACAGAACACAGACACCGUGCAGCAGCAUCCGCC